AUGGCUGAAGCGCUUGUGGAGAUAGUGUUGGAACAAUUUGUUUCAAUCAUUCGUCAACAAACAGAAGAAGGGAUAAGCCUGAUUGUGGGUGCUGAGCAAGAAGUUGAGAAGCUUCAAAGCAACUUCCUGUCCAUUCAAGCUCUGCUUGUUGAUGCUGAGAGCCGACAGGUGAAGGAGAAUACUGUGAGAGUAUGGUUAGCCAAGCUGAGAGACGUGUCCUAUGACAUAGAUGAUGUGUUGGAUGAGUGGAACACGAAGCUUCAAAAAUUAAGAAUUAAGAAAGCUGAAGAUGCUUCUAAGCCUCUAAAAAAGGUAUGGUCCCUUGUUUCUUACUAUCUCAGUUGUAGGCCAUUCGUUGUGCGUUAUGACAUUGCAGUUAAGAUAAAAGGUCUCAAUAGAAAAUUAGAUAUUAUUGCUAUUGAGAAAGAGAGGUUCAACUUUAGAUCAAUCACUGAGAAUAACAAAGAAGUAGAACGACCAAAGACAACCUCUUUUAUUGAUUUAAAGGAGGUUAGUGGAAGAGAUAAUGAUAAGAAUUCACUAGUCGAUUUGCUCUUGAGUCAAAGUAGUCAACAACAAGUCCUCCCCAUAAUCUCGAUAGUAGGGAUGGGAGGAAUCGGCAAGACAACUCUUGCUCGAUUAGUUUUUAAUGAUGAUAAGGAUUAUGUGAUAAAGAAAGAUGUAUUGAUCAAGUUAUGGAUGUCACAAGGUUAUCUAAGGUCAGAGGCAAAUAAGGAUAUGGAGUUAGUUGGUGAGGAGUAUUUUGAAAUGUUAGCAAUACGUUCUUUGUUUCAAGAUUUUCAAAAAGAAGAACAUUAUUGA